UGAUGGCGAAAUGGUGAGAGACUAAACCUUGACUGGGUUUGCUACUGACCGUUCAGAUGCUUCUGCGCACCUUCGCCACUGACUUCUUGAGCAGGGGAGAACUCCUUAAUUAUUAUCCUCUAAGCACGGCGAAAAACGUAGCCAGUAUACUCUGUUGCCUUGGGAAUUCCUUCACCACGCCAAACUGAUCCCUUCUGCUCCGCCCGUCGGCAGUUGCAGUUGCAGUGGCUCCGGCGUCGUCGUCGAGGUUAGCACCACUGGUUCGUCGCUGCUUCUGCUGUGGUCUCGCUUCCCGGCAAAGGCAACCAAUCGGCGUGCGUGCCAUCCGGCAAGCUCCAUGGACGGGAAUAGCAUGAUUCCUUGACCACCGCUGCCGCUGGAGCCGGGGAUCUACGGCGGCGGAGAGUUAGUUUCCUCUUACUCAUUUGGUACAAACAAAUCCCUUGAUGCUGGUUUCUUUAGUUAUGGAAGUAGCCUGAUGCUCCCCAACAUUCAAGAACCCCGUACCAACGACCAUUUCUGCUGCUAUUUUUUAUAUAACUUGGCCGGACAGGUACAAGAUUGCUCUCGGUGUGGGCUCGGCCUUACUGUGCCUCCACACGGAGUGCGAGCAGUGCGUCCUGCACGGGGACAUGAAGCCCGCCAACAUCUUGCUGGGCGCUUCCCGCAGCGCCAAGCUCGGGGACUUCGGCUUGGCGAGGCUCGUCGACCACGGAGCUGACUCGCGUACAACCCAGGUCGUCGCCGGAACGCCCGGCUACAUUGAUCCGGAGCUCGUCAGCAGCCAGAGGCCGUGCCUGCAGUCCGACAUCUUCAGCUUCGGUGUCGUGCUUCUGGAGAUCGCCUGCGGCCGGCGGCCGGCCACGCGAUCGAACGGAGCUCCUCCGCCGCUGCUGAAUUGGGUCCGUCAAUUGUACGUCAGGGAUUCCAUUCUCGCAGCGGCAGAUCGGCGGCUGGAUGGCGAGUUCGACGUCCAGCAGAUGAGGCGAGUGCUCGUCGCGGGCCUCUGGUGCGCGCAUCACGACCAGUGCCAGCGACCGUCGAUCGCGCAGGCCAUGGAUCUCCUGCGACGCGAAGAUGCCGAGCUACCCGUCCUUGACCCAGUGGUGCACACUAGUAGUCCUGAAGCAGUUCGCUCCCUGGAAGAAAUAGCUUACGGUGAUUUGUCUGCGGAAGCAGAGGACUCUGCUUUUCAGAAUUCUUCUACUCACAGUCACACUGCAUACCACACUUCCACGGAUUCCAGUUGUCUUCUAGAAUGAAAAAUAAAAGAAGUUUAUGCAGAGGGAUUACGCAGGGUGUCUUCCCUUUAGCGGUAUUGAUGUGAUACUUUUGGAUCAGCAAAUAUACAGCCGUGUGUUGUGCUGUAUUGUACAUACAGUAGUCGUUUUGCCCACAUAGUUGAGGGCGGAAGUAAUUAACCAUUACUCCGUAGGCUGCUAGCGCGGAUACUA